UUUUAAGAAGGACCAGUGGGUGACUUGGUUAUGGCAAUCCACCUAUUGUGUGAUUCACGAGCGCUAGGAAUCUAACCCAAAAUGUGACGUCUGUAAUACGAGUAUGAAAUUCGUCCUCAGUCACUUGAUCACCUAGUGCUGGUUUUGAACUGAGCUUUUAGUCUAUGGUGGCCAGAGACAUAUCGAAUUCGGCUCCUUGAGUGCCAAGUUAGAGGAAUUCCCCGGGUUUCCGCCAUCAAUGGCCGAUCAUUCACGCGGCAGCGGCCGCAGCCGUGCGAGCUUCUGGGCUCAGUCCAACGCUUUGCUCCGAAAGAACUUAACUUUUCAGAAACGAAAUAUGUGCUCGAAUAUAUCGUUGGUGUUGAUACCUGGAUUGCUCUGCUUGAUUUUGCUUGGCAUCCAAAUUGCGUUGAACAAAGCAAAAGCCAGCGGUGGCGGUGACAAGUGUGACGGCAGUCAUACCGAUACAGACUGGAGUGGUUUAGGCCCUUGUCCAAUUCCUAACCCACCAGAAUGGGCUCCGCUGUUAUACAUCUCCAAUGCCGCUUUUCGUGCCGUGGAGAGAAGCGACUCGAUUCUUCCCUUCACAGACUUGCCUGACGCGUCAUGCCGGAACAGCAAGAACAACGUCACCUGCCCUCUCACUGUGCUUGUCACCGGCGACAACCAGUCUGUCGGACAAAUUUUGGCUGGAAAUAUGUUUCCAAAUGAUCCUUUCCCUCUGAAUUCCUCUGAUGUUAUGGAUUAUCUAGUCAAUAAUGUCAUGGGAACGUAUGAUCUCCCUAGCGCACCCAACUUUUAUGAUCCUGCAUUCGAUGAUCCACUUUUUAGAGUGCAGCGGCAGUGCUCCCCAAACUCUACAAUCUAUAUUCCACCAUAUGGAUCGACAUCAUCCGAGUCUAACCUAGAGGUUAGAUGCGUUGAAGCUUUGCAAUUAUGGCGUAAAUCUUCAUCUGAGAUAAACAAUGAGCUAUACGAAGGCUACCCAAAGGGCAAUCCAGAGAGGAAGGUUAACGAAAUACUUGCGGCCUACGAUUUCUCCAACUCCGAUGACAACAAAUUUGACGUAACCGUAUGGUACAAUUCAAGCUUAAACGAUGGCUACCUGGAUGACGACCAGAGCAGCACGCUGCGGGUUGGGCGCUCCCUGAAUCUGGCAUCCAAUGCCUACCUUCAGUUUUUAAAAGGAUCAAGCACCAAAAUGUUGUUCGAGUUUGUCAAAGAAUUUCCCAAGCCUUUAUCUGCCAGGAUGUCGAUGCUAGAUAUUCCCUCUAUGAUUGGUCCACUCUUUACUUGGAUCAUUUUAUUGCUCUUCCCUGUUGUGUUGAAGUAUCUGGUUUAUGAGAAACAACAAAACCUGAGAAUCAUGAUGAAAAUGCAUGGACUUGGUGAUGCACCAUAUUGGAUGAUUUCCUAUGCUUACUUUCUUACAGUUUCUUCAAUCUACAUGCUAUUUUUUAUUGCAGUUGGCUCCAUCAUAGGGUUAAAGUUCUUCACAAUCAAUGACUACAGCAUCCAGUUUGUUUUCUACUUCAUCUAUCUGAACUUGCAAAUUGCAGUGGCUUUUCUUGUAGCUUCGAUGUUUUCCAAUGUUAAGGCUUGUACAGUUAUUGGUUACAUUUUGGUCUUUGGAACUGGGCUUGUGGCAGACAAUCUAUUUCGAAGCAUUAUCGAAGAUGAAUCUGUCUCUAAGCGUGUGAUCAUCCUUAUAGAGCUGUAUCCUGGCUUCUCUCUGUAUCGUGGACUCUACGAGUUUGCACAGUACCCCAUCCAAUAUAAAAAAGUAGGGAUGCGAUGGGGCGAUUUGAGUGACGGGAGUAAAGGGAUGAGAGAGGUCUUGAUUAUCAUGGUUAUCGAGUGGUUUGUGGUGCUUCUUGUUGCAUACUGCAUUGACCAACUUGUAUCAUCUGGAAAAAGUCCUUUUGUUUUCUUGCAAAGGUUUAGGAAGAAGAAACUUCCAUCUAUUCGGAGGCCUAGUAUGCAAGGGCAGGGAUCUAGUUCGAUUCAGAUGGAGAAACCGGAUGUUUGUCAUGAGAUCGAGAUGGUUGAGAGGUUGGUAGUGGAACGGGAUACAAGUCACGCAAUCGUAUGUGACAACCUCCAAAAGGUGUACCCAGGAAGAGAUGGAAACCCUGAUAAAUUUGCAGUGAAAGGGUGUUCUCUUGCCUUACCUAGAGGUGAAUGCUUUGGCAUGCUUGGCCCUAAUGGUGCGGGGAAGACCUCUUUUAUUAGUAUGAUGAUUGGUCUCACCAAACCAACCUCUGGCACGGGGUAUGUUCAUGGUAUGGACAUUCGGACGCAGAUGAACAAAAUAUAUAGCAGCAUGGGAUUUUGUCCACAGCACGACCUUCUGUGGGAAACACUGACUGGAAGGGAGCAUCUCCUAUUUUAUGGCAGACUUAAGAACCUAAAAGGUUCUGCCUUAAUGCAAGCGGUGGAAGAAUCUUUGAAGAGUGUCAAUCUAUUUCACGGAGGGGUUCCUGACAAACAAGCCGGGAAGUAUAGUGGUGGUAUGAAGCGAAGGCUUAGCGUUGCAAUUUCGCUGAUAGGUGACCCAAAAGUUGUCUACAUGGAUGAGCCUAGUACUGGACUUGAUCCGGCUUCAAGAAACCAUCUGUGGAACGUUAUAAAGUCUGCGAAACAAGAUCGUGCAAUCAUCCUAACCACACAUUCCAUGGAAGAGGCAGAGGUUCUAUGUGAUCGAUUGGGGAUUUUCGUCGAUGGCAGGAUGCAGUGCAUAGGAAAUCCAAAGGAGCUGAAGGCCAGAUAUGGAGGAUCAUAUAUCUUUACGAUGACAACGAGUUGGCAUCAUGAGGAAGAAGUGGAGAGGAUGGUGAGGAACAUGUCACCGAACGCCGUCAAGACAUACCGGCUCUCAGGGACGCAGAAGUUUGAGCUGCCCAAAACUGAGGUUAGAAUUGCAGAUGUGUUCCGCACGGUCGAGUGUGCGAAGUGUCGGUUCGCGGUGUUUGCAUGGGGUGUGGCUGACACUACUCUGGAGGAUGUGUUCAUCAAGGUUGCUACAACUGCAGGAUCAUCGUCCGCUACACUUUCAUAACCCCAACCUAGUUAAUUAAUAUUUAAUAUAAUUUAUUCAAUAUUAUUAGAAGAUGUUUUAAAUAUGUAUGCUGUUAGAUUUAUAUGUUGGAUAAUGGCCAAAUUAGUGGCCAAGUGGACAACAAGCUAACUCUCCUUUCGGCUAUUAAACAAACCAAAAGAAUGAAGGACAUAAUGAUGUGGGAACAUUAUUAGGAGGUUUUCCUUUAUGAUGUGGCCACAUGAGUGGCAAUUAUGAUGUUUGUUCCUUUUGUUUAUAUUAAGGCAUUUGGUUAUGCCUUUGGUUUUGGGGGUUGGGACCGGCAGAUUAGAGAGAAGAAGAGGUGUGUUACUGUUUUCUAUCCUCCAUUUGUGCCAUCAUUCAUUCUAAGAUAUUGUGCUACAUUUUGUGACUUUUGGGAGAGAAGAAUUUGAUGUGUUUCUUCUUCUUCUCCAAUUGUUCUUUGUAUGAGUGAGAGCUAUUGGGUGUAUAUGGGAUAUUGGGAUUGAGAGUUCAACUCUAUUUGUAAUUUUCAUUUUGAUAUUAGUGGAAUUUCUUCGCCGUC